AUGUCUUGUUUGGACUGUUCCUGUAUUCUCCGUACACCAGUUGAAUCAAUCAGACCAGAAGAGCUAUCUCAGAGCAGUGUCCAUGAAUGUCUGGCUGAUUCUGAUCUAGCCUGGAUUCCCCCAUCUACAGGAAGGAAUGAAAUGGUAUUUUGCUCUUCUAAUGUCUCUCACUAUGAACUCCAGCUGGAACUAGGAAGGAGGUUCAACAACUUAACUUCAGUCUACCUUGCACGUCAUACACCUACAGGCAUGCAAGUUGCUGUAAGGAUCACAGACCUAGAAAACUGCUCUGAAGAGCAUUUGAAAGCCUUACAGAAUGAGGUGGUUUUAUCCCACUUUUUCCAGCAUCCCAACGUAAUGACGCUUUGGACAGUGUUUACAGCUGGCAGUUGGCUUUGGGUCAUCUCCCCAUUUAUGGCCUAUGGUUCGGCUAGACACUUGCUGAAGACUUACUUUCCUGAAGGAAUGAGUGAAGCUUUGAUAGGGAACAUUCUAUUUGGUGCAAUCAGAGGAUUAAAUUACAUGCACCAGAAUGGCUACAUUCACAGGAAUAUUAAAGCUAGCCACAUUCUGAUUUCAGGGGAUGGGCUGGUUUCUCUCUCUGGCUUAAACAACCUCUACAGUUUAGUUAACAAUGGACAAAAGUCAAAGGUGGUAUAUGAUUUCCCCCAGUUUAGUACAUCCGUGCUUCCUUGGCUGAGUCCUGAACUACUGAGACAGGAUUUGUCUGGGUAUAACAUGAAGUCUGACAUUUACAGUGUGGGAAUUACAGCAUGUGAAUUAGCCAAUGGACAUGUUCCUUUUCAAGAUAUGCCUCGCACUCAGAUGCUGCUGCAAAAGCUGAAAGGUCCCACAUAUUGUCCCUGGGAUAUAAAUACCUUUCCCCAUGGGGAAUCCAGGAUGAAGAAUUCCCGAUCAGGUGUUGAUUCUGGAAUUGGUGAGAGUAUGACACGCACAAUGACCAGUGAAAGACUACAAAUUCCCUUUUCCAAAACAUUUUCACCUGCUUUCCACAACUUGGUAGAACUUUGCUUGCAACAGGACCCUGAGAAAAGGCCAUCAGCAAGCAGUUUGCUUUCGCAUACGUUCUUCAAACAGAUAAAAGAACAAACACAGAAUUCACUACUCUCUCUAUUACCACCUCCUAUUCAAAAUAACAGAUCAGAGUUCUUGGCACUGCCCUCAACAGCAGUUGGUACCGAACUUGGACAUGUUACUGCAAAUCAAGAUGAUACAGACUGGGAAUUCUGAAUAAAUGCCAAACAAUCAUACCUCUCCUGUGCUUCAAAGAAGGAAAAUGUGAUUUGUAUUUGCUGCUUUAGUUUGUAUGGUUAAAAUACAAUUAGACAAGGUAUACUUGAAAAUGCCAUUGAAGUGGCCAUAUUUCAUUAACUACUUCCUCUGUUGGCAUCAUGAAGUGCAGCGUGCCUCACUUUCUGACCGUAAGGAAAACUGUAUAUAGAGAAUGGCUGAAUGCUUAUCUCCCUCUUUCAAAAUAUUUCUUAACAAGAGAGUUCCUGCUGUAAUCUCACUCUAUACUGUAUUUUGAGUUCAUAUUGCUGCAGUCCACGUGCCUUUCUCAAUUCAGGCAUGGGUUUUGUCUGUGACCUUAACUUAAACAAUCUAUUUGUCUUUUCAUUAUCACCCAAAUUAUUUUAGUAAGGAGAAAUCCUCCACUUCCAAAUCUAAAUUUGAAACUGCACAAAUUAUUUGCUUAUGCAAAUAAAUGUUUCUCU